AUGGACGCUCCCGCGGGUCGCGGCGUGCGUUACACGUCAGUAACCGGCGCUUCGGGAGAUUCGAUUUCAUCAGCUGGUGGCCGCUUCUCUCCCGCCCUCGGCCCAACUUCUCGCGGAAUUUCCGGCGGGAAUGGUGGCGGCGCCCCGGAGGACCGCGCGAGGCGCGUUAAGAGCCUAUUAGAAGGGUAUUACGGGCACGGGGGUGGAGCACCGGGAGCGGAAGACGCGUCGGGAUCGGCGGCGGGAAGUUCGGGGGGUCGCGACGACAUCAAUUCGCGAGCGUUUGACGCGGACUCGUUUGUAGCAAACUUGAUCCGACAAGCCAAGCUGGAUGAUUUGCUGCAGAAGCACGUGUCAUGGGCGGCAGAAAUCAAGAACCUGGACAGUGACAUGCAGAUGCUGGUUUACGAGAACUACAGCAAGUUCAUCAGCGCUACUGAUACCAUCCGCACCAUGAAGGACAAUGUGGCGAGCAUGGAGUCGAGUAUGGACCAGCUGCUACGCACGGUGACGACAGUGCAGGAGCAGAGCACGGCCAUCAACAGCAACCUAUCGGAGAGGAGGGAGCGGAUUGAGCAGCUGAACGGCACUCGCAGCCUGCUGAGGAAGGCACAGUUCAUAUUCGACCUUCCCAAGCGCCUCAGAACCUACUCCAAGAAUCACCAGUACCGCGCAGCAGUCAAGGCAUACGUGGGCGCUCUGCCCAUUCUGCAGUCUUAUGGCGAGACGUCCUUCAGAACAUGCAAGAAGGAGGCUGAUGACGUCAUGGCUGGCAUCAGCAAGCGGCUGCAGGCGCGGGUGAUGAGUGAGGAGGAGGCGAUGGAGCAGAGGGCCGAGGCUGCUGAGCUGCUGCAGGAGCUGGGCCACCAGGUGGGCCCUCUCAUGGAUGCGUAUUUGUCGACGCACUGGGAGCGGCUGAUUGGGGAGCUCAGGCAGGCGAGCGACGAGGUGGGCAGGACGGAGGAGAGCGGCGUGGUCGACCCCACUGCUCCCUCGCAGACCUUCGUUGAUGCUCUCAAAAGGGACUUCAUGGAUGAUUUUGAGCGCACAGCCGCAUCGUUCCGAGGGAUAUUCCCCAUGGGAGGGGACAAGCUCACUGAGGCCACCCGCUCCCUCUUCAACGAGUACAUCACAUAUCUGCAGCGCUGCAUGCAGCCUUCAGACACCCGCUCCUCGUCUGACCUCGUGUUUGCGCUCAGAAAGAUCUCUCAGGACGUGGUGAAAAUGUCGGAGCUUGUCCCUGAUGCUGACCUGCAGGACAGAGCGGCAGAGGCCUUGGCAGCAGCGGUGCGCGAUCACAUCAUGCAGGGCUUUGCACUCUUGGAGAUUCGAAUCACAGAUGCUCUGCAUGCAGUGGCAGCCAAGCCAGGAGCACCAGGCUCUCUGCCCUCCCUCUCUGCGGGCCAGGCCAAAUCGCUUCGUGGAGAGGGGGACCGACCCCUGGCAGCAGUGCUGGAAUCAGUUCAAGGACUCAUCCUCAACUCGUCCCUAAGGCUGCUGGAGGAUUUCAGGUCCCUUCUCCAUGACCGCGUUGACCUCCUCUCCUCCUGGACCGACGACUUCCUCUCUCUCGUCCAAUCACAGCUCUCCGUGCUCUUCGGCUCCCUCAACUCCCACUUCCUCACCCUCUCCACCCCUCCGCCUGCCCACGUGCAUCAAUCCCCCACUGGCACUGAGCGCCCCCCUCCCUCCACGCCUGGGUCAGCAGGAGGACCUGUACCUAUGCUGGUGCUGCUGCUAGCGCGCCUCUCUCUCUUCAUCCAACACACUGCCCUGCCCAAGCUAGCCACGAUUCUCGAGACCCAGUUUGCUCCUCACAAUGUCCGAUUAGAUGAUGACAGCGAGCAGCUCUUCUCCUCCUCAGACCUCAUGCGUCAGUUUCAUGACACUUCCGAGAAGCUUCUUCAGCAGUAUGUAGACCUGGAGGCACGGAAGCUGCAUCAGAUGAUCGCCAAGAGUGUGUCCACACCCAACUGGGUCAAGUACAAGGAGCCACGGGAUGUGCGUAUGGUGGUGGAUCUGAUUCUCCAGGAGGUGGAAUCAGUGGAAGACUCAGUGGAGCAGCUGCUUGAACCCGGGGCUGAGCGCUCCCGAACCUCGCGAGGAGGGUCGGGAAGCAGCUACGGCAAGAGCCGCGGGAGUGCAGGCUCGGGAACGGGAGGAGUGGGGGGAGGAGGAGGGGGGGGUGGUGGGAGGAGCGGGAUGGGAGGCGGGCAGAAGGAGAGGGGGGGCACGAGGGGUAGGGUUUUGGAGAGGGAUGUUGCAAAGCUGUUUAAGCAACGAGUGGAGAUCUUUACUAAGCUUGAAUUCACUCAGGUGUCGGUGAUGGCCACGGUGGUGAAGCUGACUCUAAAGAGCUUCCAGGAGUGCGUGCGCCUGGAGACGUUCAACCGAGGUGGCUACCAGCAGAUCCAGCUGGACGCUCUCUUUCUCUGUGAAUCGCUUCGGGCUUAUGUGGACGACGAGAGCGCUGUGGACACUCUUAUGGACGAGGUGUGCACGGCAGCAGCAGAGCGCAGUCUCGACCCCACAUCUAUGGAUGCAGUUGCCAUGGACCGAAUCAUGCAGGCCAAGCGAUCUCGAGCAUCCGCAUAA